AUGAACACGUCUUUCUUCAUAGCUUUCUUUUCUCUCUCUCUCUCUCUCUAUAUAUAUAUAUAUAUAUAUUUCGCUCUCUCUUUCUCUCUUUCUCUCUCUUUCUUUCUUUCUUUCUUUCACCCGCGCAUACAUAAGAAAACAACUCUUUUAUUUUUCUUUCCUUCUCAGAUUCUCCUUUUCUCUUCCUUCUUGUCGCUUUUCCUUUUUUACUUUCUCCCUCUAAACUCCCCCCCUUCACCCCCUCAUAGUACUUCCUCUCUGAUACGUUUCCCGUGUUGCCUUUCUUUAUUCCUCUUUCUUUUUCUCUUUUUAUGCUCUUAUUUCUUUUCGAACAUAUACGCUUCUCUCUCCCUCUCUCUCUCUCUCUCUCUCUCUCUCUCUCUCUCUCUCCCUCCUUUCUCACCCACUAUCCCCCUCCCUAUGCUAACCCGUCUCCAACUUCCCGCUUCGGCGUUAUCUUUCUUCUCCCACCAUCUUGCCCAUUCCCAAACCGCUGCUUAUCAUUCCUGGCCUUCCUAUCUACAAAUCCGCAGAUGCAGAGCCAAGGACAUCCAAUCCUUUCUUGAUGGUGUCUUCUUGCAAUGGACACAAUCAGAAUGA